AGGAGCACUCCUGAAAGAAGACGACGGGCUAGUCCCCGGGGUCCCGGCUGAGGUCUUGGCUCUAGGGCGCAAGUUGUCCGGCCCCGGGCAGCGUCUCCUCGGUGGCUUAGGAGACGGUUGCGCAAGGCGCGGGCCGGAGGCUCGGAAGAGGGAUGCGCGGGGCGUUGCCUCCGACCCGCCGCCGCCGCCGCCCGAAGCCCCAGAGGAGCUGAGGGAGGCGACGCCGAAGCGCUGGCCCGCAGUGGCCCCGGCUGCAGCGCGGCCGGCGCAGUAGGGCACUCGCCCGGUUUGUGGACCGACCGGGCUCCGGCGCCGCCGAUCCCCGUCCCGGGUCCGCCCCCCAGGCCCGGCCUCGCUCCCGGCUCCCAGAUGAGCACCGAGGGCGGGCCUCCGCCACCCCCGCCGCGCCCGCCGCCUGCCCCACUCCGCCGCGCGUGCAGCCCGGCGCCCGGCGCGCUCCAGGCCGCCUUGAUGAGCCCGCCACCCGCCGCCACCCUGGAGUCCACCUCGUCGUCGUCGUCGUCGUCAUCCUCUGCCUCCUGUGCCUCGUCCUCUUCCAACUCGGUCAGCGUCUCGGCGGGUGCUUGCAAGAGUGCGGCGAGCGGCGGCGCGAGCGCCGGGAGUGGGGGCACCAAGAAGGCGACCUCGGGGCUGCGGCGGCCGGAGAAGCCUCCUUACUCGUACAUCGCGCUCAUCGUCAUGGCCAUCCAGAGCUCGCCCAGCAAGCGCCUGACGCUCAGCGAGAUCUACCAGUUCCUGCAGGCGCGCUUCCCCUUUUUCCGUGGCGCCUACCAGGGCUGGAAGAACUCUGUGCGCCACAACCUCUCGCUCAACGAGUGCUUCAUCAAGCUGCCCAAGGGCCUCGGGCGACCGGGCAAGGGCCACUACUGGACCAUCGACCCGGCCAGCGAGUUCAUGUUCGAGGAGGGUUCGUUCCGCCGGCGGCCGCGAGGCUUCAGGCGGAAGUGCCAGGCUCUCAAACCCAUGUACCAUCGUGUGGUGAGCGGCUUGGGCUUCGGGGCCUCGCUGCUGCCCCAGGGCUUCGACUUCCAAGCGCCCCCGUCUGCGCCUCUGGGUUGCCAUGGCCAGGGAGGCUAUGGUGGCCUCGACAUGAUGCCCGCAGGCUAUGAUGCAGGGGCGGGUGCUCCGGGCCACGGGCAUCCCCACCACCUCCACCACCACCACGUCCCCCAUAUGUCGCCCAACCCGGGCUCUACCUAUAUGGCCAGCUGCCCGGUGCCCGCAGGUCCUGCAGGCGUCGGUGCGGCAGCGGGUGGCGGCGGUGGCGGCGGUGACUAUGGGCCGGACAGCAGCAGCAGCCCUGUGCCCUCAUCCCCGGCCAUGGCAAGCGCCAUCGAGUGUCACUCGCCCUAUACUAGCCCAGCGGCACAUUGGAGCUCUCCUGGCGCUUCACCUUACCUCAAGCAGCCGCCUGCCCUGACGCCAAGCAGUAAUCCCGCGGCCUCUGCUGGUCUGCACCCCAGCAUGUCUUCCUACUCGUUGGAGCAGAGUUACUUGCACCAGAACGCCCGCGAGGAUCUCUCAGUGGGACUGCCCCGUUACCAACAUCACUCCACUCCAGUGUGUGACAGAAAAGAUUUCGUCCUCAAUUUCAAUGGCAUUUCUUCUUUCCACCCCUCUGCUAGUGGCUCGUAUUAUCAUCAUCACCACCAGAGCGUGUGCCAAGAUAUUAAGCCCUGUGUUAUGUGAAUGGACAGAGGCCUUGAAGGCUGCUCUCCCUCUUCUACCCUUUCCUCCUCUCCCCUCCGAGAGGGGCAGCUAGGAACUGCAACGGACUCACACACUGUGCACGCGGAUAGCAGUAAGUAGCACACCCAUCACUUAGACAAAUACCCAGGAGAGUCCUGCUCACCGAUAUUUGCCCACCCGUGGAAGAGGAAAUCUUUCGAAAGGCAAUAUCCCAGAAGAGGGACAGACAGAGGAGGUUACUACAUAAUACUACGAGGAAGACAUAAAACUUUUCAGUUCUGGGGUGACCAUUGCAUUCACUGAUCAGGGUCCGAAAAGGGAGGUGUGUGUGUGUGUGUGUGUGUGUGUGUGUGCUUGUGUGCUUUUCAGACUUGCAGUGCUAAAAGCACAGUAUUUCAAGAAAGCCUUCUCUAGUUCCCUGGCCCAGUAGGAGAUUUCUCCCACCCACUCCCCAGCCCCAACACUCCCUUCGGAUACAGGUGCCAAAGAACAUUGUGAAGAAAUGAAGAAUGAUAGUCUAGCUUAAGAAAGUGUCUCUCAGUAUUGUGACAAUACAACAUUUUUACAAGGUUGUUUUUCUACCACCGUAUUUUAAAAGUAUUUUUAUGAUCUUCGUAUACUCACACUUCGCUUGUAUUGUAAAAGGAGGGUAUAUUUGCACUUAUGUAUACUUUUACAGUUUGCCAAGAUAUUUUGAUGUAAGUUUUUUUUCAAUAAAAUGUGUAUAACAAGU